AUGCUCCGCCGUCCAGCAACGGUCAUCACCCUCACGGCCGACGACAUUGCUGCCUACGAAGCCAAUCGGCAGCGGCGCAUGCAAUCUCAGCAGAACCGUCAAGGCUCGGAACUCUCCUCUUUCGAUGGCUCAAGGAACGGCAAGAGCAGAGCUGAUCCGAGUGACGAACUUAAACCAAUGCCGCAGGAGAAGGCCCGCAAUGUGAGAACGCGCGAGGAGAGGAUCAUGGGGGGUGGAAGCCGAGCCUGA